AUGUUCCUGAGGGUAGAAAUGGACCCAGCAAGCAGAAAAUAUCAUAGAUUUCUGUGGAGAGACAUGGACGACACAAAACCGAUCGACGUUUACGAAUACAACAGACUUGUUUUUGGAAACACAGCCUCGCCAUAUCUCUCUCAGAAGGUUCUGAGGACCCAUGCAUGGCGAAAUGUGGACGAAUACCCACGUGGUGCAGAAGCAGUGCUCCGCUCGAUGUAUGUUGACGACCUAUCUGACAGUGAAGACAAUACAGCAAGAGCCAUCGCCCUAAGAAAGGAAGUGACAGAGCUCCUAGGGACCGCAGGAUUCGGCAUCCAAAAAUGGAUCUCCAACAACAUAGCAGUCCUGGCGGAUGUUCCCGAAGACGAGAGGGCAACAGCGGUGAGUAUUGACGACAACGAACUACCAUCGGUAAAAACCCUUGGACUCAUGUGGGACGCCGAAGCCAACCAAUACGUGUUUAUAGUAAAAGUUCCGACCAUGACAACUAUGACCAAACGGACAGUAUUCAGCGCUUCGGCAUCCCUAUUUGACCCAGUCAAUUUCUUAGCACCAUACACAGUCCGAGCAAGGAUGCUCAUGCAGGAGACCUGGACCGCGGGACUGCAAUGGGACGACCCUUUGCCGAAGAUACUGACCCAGAAAUGGCAACACUGGUUCGAUGAGAUGACAUUGCUUUCUCACAUCAAAGUUGACCGGCGCUUGCUUCUAAAAACAGAUUCAAAAAUAGUAGACAAAGCUAUACAUACAUUCGUUGACGCAUCACAGGAUGCAUAUGCUGCUGCCGUCUACCUCAGGACGCAGUAUGAGGACGGUGACCUUAGCGUUAACCUAGUGACCUCAAAGGCACGCGUGGCUCCUCUCAAAGCCAUGUCAAUACCGAGACUUCAUUGUUAG